AAGACGUCAAUAGCCUGCAGAACACUUUCAAAAGUAGGAGAUCUCAUAGAGAUGAACUCUGAAACACAUAUUAAGAGACCGAUGAACUGUUUCAUGGUAUGGAGUCGGGAGAAACGUUACAACAUUCUAAAGGAACACCCGGGAAUAAAUAACGCCGAAGUAAGCAAAGCUCUGGGCGCUGCGUGGAGAAAACUCUCUGAAGAAGACAAAGAACCGUACGUAGAAGAAGCACGGAGGCUUAACGAGCAACACAAGGUGGAAAACCCAGGAUACAAAUACCAACCUAAAAGACGCAAACCCUGCAAACGGAGCAAGCGAAGAGCAGAGAAAAAAGCCAUAGCGUCUACAGCAGCAUCUUUCACAAAGUUCGAAACCCGCGGAACAACUGGCGGAAAGAUACACUUUCCAUUCAAAGGCUUUCCCGACCCAGGCAUACCACAGCUUGAGAAAAUGCAAGGAAGACCUUCGAUUUGGUUUCCAAGUAAUCAUGGGCCGCAGUGUUUUUCAGGCAGCUUUCAGCCUAGUUCUCUUAGGUUGUGCUCGUGU